CUGUUUACCUAUCCAUCAUGUUCAUCUAUCCAUCAGGCCUGUUUACCUAUCCAUCAUGUUCAUCUAUCCAUCAGGCCUGUUCAUCUAUCCAUCACGUUUAUCUAUACAUCAGGCCUGUUUAUCUAUCCAUCAGGCCUGUUUAUCUAUCCAUCAAGCCUGUUCAUCCAUCCAUCAGGCCUGUUUAUCUAUCCAUCAGGCCUGCUCAUCUAUCCAUCAGGCCUGUUUAUCUAUCCAUCAGGCCGGUUCAUCUAUCCAUCAGGCCUGUUCAUCUAUCCAUCAGGCCUGUUUAUCUAUCCAUCAGGCCUGUUCAUCUAUCCAUCAGGCAUGUUUAUCUAUCCAUCAGGCCUUUUUAUCUAUCCAGCAGGCCUGUUUAUCUAUCCAGCAAGCCUGUUUAUCUAUCCAUCAGGCCUGUUCAUCUAUCCAGCAACAGCAGGCCUGUUCAUUUAUCCAGCAGACCUGUUUAUCUAUCCAGCAGGCCUGUUCAUCUAUCCAUCAGGCCUGUUAAUCUAUCCAUCAGGCCUGUUUAUCUAUCCAUCAGGCCUGUUCAUCUAUCCAUCAGGCCUGUUCAUCUAUCCAUCAGGCCGGUUCAUCUAUCCAUCAGGCCUGUUCAUCUAUCCAUCAUGUGUAUCUAUACAUCAGGCCUGUUUAUCUAUCCAUCAGGCCUGUUUAUCUAUCCAUCAGGCCUGUUUAUCUAUCCAUCAGGCCGGUUCAUCUAUCCAUCAGGCCUGUUCAUCUAUCCAUCAUGUGUAUCUAUACAUCAGGCCUGUUUAUCUAUCCAUCAGGCCUGUUUAUCUAUCCAUCAGGCCUGUUUAUCUAUCCAUCAGGCCUGUUCAUCUAUCCAUCAAGUCUUUUCAUCCAUCCAUCAUGUUCAUCUAUCCAUCAGGCCUGUUUAUCUAUCCAUCAAGCCUGUUCAUCUAUCCAGCAGGCCUGUUUACCUAUCCAUCAGGCCUGUUCAUCUAUCCAGCAGGCCUGUUUAUCAAUCUAUAAGCCUGUUCAUCUAUCCAGCAGGCCUGUUCAUCCAUCCAUCAGGCCUGUUCAUCUAUUCAUCAGGCCUGUUUAUCUAUCCAUCAGGCCUGUUCAUCUAUCCAUCAGGCCUGUUUAUCUAUCCAUCAGGCCGGUUCAUCUAUCCAUCAGACCUGUUCAUCUAUCCAUCAGGCCUGUUUAUCUAUCCAUCAGGCCUGUUCAUCUAUCCAUCAGGCAUGUUUAUCUAUCCAUCAGGUCCGUUUAUCUAUCCAUCAGGCCUGUUCAUCUAUCCAGCAGGCCUGUUAAUCUAUCCAGCAGGCCUGUUUAUCUAUCCAGCAAGCCUGUUUAUCUAUCCAUCAGGCCUGUUCAUCUAUCCAGCAACAGCAGGCCUGUUCAUUUAUCCAGCAGACCUGUUUAUAUAUCCAGCAAGCCUGUUCAUCUAUCCAGCAGGCCUGUUUAUCUAUCCAGCAGGCCUGUUCAUCUAUCCAUCAGGCCUGUUAAUCUAUCCAUCAGGCCUGUUUAUCUAUCCAUCAGGCCUGUUCAUUUAUCCAGCAGACCUGUUUAUAUAUCCAGCAAGCCUGUUCAUCUAUCCAGCAGGCCUGUUUAUCUAUCCAGCAGGCCUGUUCAUCUAUCCAUCAGGCCUGUUAAUCUAUCCAUCAGGCCUGUUUAUCUAUCCAUCAGGCCUGUUUAUCUAUCCCGCAGGCCUGUUCAUCUAUCCAUCAGGCCUGUUAAUCUAUCCAUCAGGCCUGUUCAUCUAUCCAUCAGGUCUGUUCAACUCUCCAACUGUUUAAUAUCCACGGUCUGUUUAUCUAUCCAUCAGGCCUGUUAUUAUCUAUCAGGCGGUUCAUCUAUCAUGGCCUGUUUACUAUCCAUCCUGACACCAAGGCCUUGUUUUAUCCAUCAGCCUGUUUAUCUCCAGCAGUGUUCAUUUAUCCAUCAGCCGGUUUUAUCUAUCAAUCAGGCCUGUUUAUCUAUCAUCAGGCCGGUUCAUCUAUCAUGUGUCAUUUCCCUCAGGCCUGUCAUCUUUCCAUCAUGUUUAUCUAUCCAGCAGGCCUGUUUAUCUAUCCAUCAGGCCUGUUUAUCUAAUCAUCAGGCCUGUUUAUCUAUCCAUCAGGCCUGUUCAUCUCUCCAUCAUGUUCAUUUAUCCAUCAGGCCUGUUCAUCUUUCCAUCAUGUUUAUCUAUCCAGCAGGCCUGUUUUAUCUAUCCCCAUCAGUCCGGUGUUUAUCUAUCAUCAGCCUGUUUAUCUAUCCAUCAGGCCUGUUAUCUCUCCAUCAUGUUCAUUUAUCCAUCAGGCCUGUUCAUCUUUCCAUCAUGUUUAUCUAUCCAGCAGGCCUGUUUAUCUAUCCAUCAGGCCUGUUCAUCUAAUCAUCACCUGUCUUAUUCAUUUAUCCAUCAGAGCCUUUUUAUCUAUCAUCAGGCCUGUUAUUCUAUCCAUCAGGCCUUUCACCCUUCCAUCAUGUUUAUCUUAUCCAUCAGGCCGUUUAUCUAUCCAUCAGGCCUGUUCAUUUAUCCAGCAUCUGUUAUCUAUCCACAGACCUGUUCAUCUAUCUUCAGGCCUGUUAUCUAUCGCAAUCAGAGCUUGUUUUAUCAUUCCUCAGGCCUGUUUUUAAUCUUACCAUCAGGCCUGUUUUCUAUCCAUCCAGCCGUUUCAUCUUCAUCAUUUAUCUAUCCAUCAGGCCGUUUAUCUAUCCAUCAGGCCUGUUCAUUUAUCCACACCUGUUUCAUCUAUCCAUCGGCAGUGUUCAUCUAUCUUGAUGGCCUGUUCAUCUAUCCAUCACGGCCCGUUUUAUCUAUUCCAUCAGGCCGUUCACCCACUUCUUUAUCCAUCAGGCCUGUUAUCUAUCCAUCAGGCCUGUUCUAUCUAUCCAUCACCUGUUCAUCUAUCCAUCAGGCCUGUUUUAUUCUAUCUACCACCAUGUUCAUCUAUCCACAGGCCGUUCAUCUAUCAUAUGGCCUGUUAUCUUCCAUCAGCCCCGUUUAUCUAUCCAGCAAGGCCUGUUCAUCUAUCCAUCAGCCUGUUCAUCUAUCCGCAACAGGCCUGUUUAUCUAUCCAUCAGAGCCUGUUUCAUCUAUCCACAGGCCUGUUUAUCCCUUAUCUAUCCAAGCCUGUUCAUCUAUCCAUCAGGCCUGUUAAUCUAUCCAUCAGACCUGUUUAUCUAUCCACCAGGCCUGUUUAUCUAUCCAGCAGGCCUGUUUAUGCAUCCAUCAGGCCUGUUAAUCUCUUCAGCAACAGCAGGCCUGUUUAUCUAUCCAGCAAGCCUGUUUAUCUAUCCAUCAGGACUGUUUAUCUAACUAUCAAUCCUGUUAAUCUAUCCAGCAGGCCUGUUCCUCUAUCCAGCAGGCCUGUUUAUCUAUCCAGCAGGCCUGUUUAUCUAUCCAUCAGGCCUGUUAAUCUCUCCAGCAACAGCAGGCCUGUUUAUCUAUCCAGCAGGCCUGUUUAUCUAUCCAUCAGACCUGUUCAUCUAUCCAGCAACAGCAGACCUGUUUAUCUAUCCAGCAGGCCUGUUUAUCUAUACAGCAGGCCUGUUCAUCUAUCCAUCAGGCAUGUUAAUCUAUCCAUCAGGCCUGUUUAUCCAUCCAUCAGGCCUGUUCAUCUCUCCAUCAUGUUCAGUUAUCCAUCAGGCCUGUUUAACUAUCCAUCAGGCCUGUUCAUCAUUCCAUCAUGUUCAUCUAUCCAUCAGGCCUGGUUAUCUAUCCAUCAGGCCUGUUUAUCUAUCCAUCAUGUUCAUCUAUCUAUCAGGCCUGUUUAUCUAUCCAUCAGGCCUGUUUAUCUAUACAUCAUGCCUGUUCAUCUCUCCAUCAUGUUCAUUUAUCCAUCAGGCCUGUUUAACUAUCCAUCAGGCUUGUUCAUCUUUCCAUCAUGUUCAUCUAUCCAUCAGGCCUGUUUAUCUAUCCAUCAGGCCUGUUCAUCUAAUCAUAAGGCCUGUUUAUCUAUCCAUCAGGCAUGUUUAUCUAUCCAUCAGGCCUGUUUAUCUAUCCAUCAGGCCUGUUCAUCUCUCCAUCAUGUUCAUUUAUCCAUCAGGCCUGUUUAACUAUCCAUCUGGCCUGUUCAUCUUUCCAUCAUGUUCAUCUAUCCAUCAGGCCUGUUUAUCUAUCUAUCAGGCCUGUUCAUCUUUCCAUCAUGGUCAUAUAUCCAUCAGGCCUGUUUAUCUAUCCAUCAGGCCUGUUCAUCUAUCCAUAUGGCCUGUUCAUCUAUCCAUCAGGCCUGUUAAUCUAUCCAUAUGGCCUGUUCAUCUAUCCAUCAGGCCUGUUAAUCAAUCCAUCAGGCCCCUGUUCAUCUAUCAUCAGCCUGUUCAUCUUUCCAUCAGUCAUCUAUCCUUUAUCAGAGCCUGUUUUAUCUAUCCAAACAGCCUGUUCAUCUAUCCAAUCCUGUUCAUCUAUCCAUCAGGCCUGUUUAUCUAUCCAUCAGGCCUGUUCAUCUAUCAUCAGGCCUGUUAUUCUCCAUCAGCUGUUCAUUUAUCCAUCAGGCCUGUUAUCUAUCCACAGCGCCUGUUCAAUCCUUUUUCAUCACUGUCUUCACUCUAUCCAUCAGGCCUGUUUAUCUAUCCAUCAGGCCUGUUCAUCUAUCAUCAGGCCUGUUCAUCUCUCCAUCAUGUUCUUUUAUCCAUCAGGCCUGUUUAUCUAUCCAUCAGCCUGUUCAUCUUUCCAUCAUGUUCAUCUAUCCAUCAGGCCUGUUUAUCUAUCCAUCAGGCUGCUUAUCUAUCUCAGGCCUGUUGAUCUUCCACCAUGUUCUUAUCCAUCAGGCCUGUUAUCUAUCCAUCAUGGCCUGUUCAUCUUUCCAUCACUGUUCAUCUAUCCAUCAGGCCUGUUUAUCUAUCCAUCAGGCCUGCAUCUUCCGCAGGCCUGUUGUUUAUCUCAUCCAUCAGCCGGUUUCAUCAUGUCAUUCCAUCCCAGGCUGUUAUCUAUAUGCUCCAUAUCACUGUUCAUCUUCCAGCAGGCCUGUUUUCUUUACCUUAUCCAUCCAUCAGCCUGUUUAUUCAUAUCACAGGCCUGUUCAUCUAUCCAUCAGGCCUGUUAUCUUCCAUCCAGCCUGUUAUCUAUCCAUCAGGCCUGUUCAUCUAUCCAGUCAGGCCUGUUAUCUAUCCACAGCCUGUUUAUCUAUCCAUCAGGCCUUGUUUCAUCUAUCCAGGCCUUACACGCAGGCCUGUUAUCUAUCCAUCAGCUCUGUUCUCUAUCCAAGCAGGCCUGUUCAUCAUCCAGCAGGCCUGUUUUAUCUAUCCAGUCAGGCCUGUUCAUCAAUCCAGCAGGCCUGUUUAUCUAUCCAGUAGGCCUGUUCAUCUAUCCAUCAGGCCUGUUAAUCUAUCCAUCAGACCUGUUUAUCUAUCCACCAGGCCUGUUCAUCCAUCCAUCAGGCCUGUUUAUCUAACUAUCAAUCCUGUUAAUCUAUCCAGCAGGCCUGUUCCUCUAUCCAGCAGGCCUGUUUAUCUAUCCAGCAGGCCUGUUUAUCUAUCCAUCAGGCCUGUUAAUCUCUCCAGCAACAGCAGGCCUGUUUAUCUAUCCAGCAGGCCUGUUUAUCUAUCCAUCAGGCCUGUUUAUCUAACUAUCAAUCCUGUUAAUCUAUCCAGCAGGCCUGUUCCUCUAUCCAGUAGGCCUGUUUAUCUAUCCAGCAGGCUUGUUUAUCUAUCCAUCAGGCCUGUUAAUCUCUCCAGCAACAGCAGGCCUGUUUAUCUAUCCAGCAGGCCUGUUUAUCUAUCCAUCAGACCUGUUCAUCUAUCCAGCAACAACAGACCUGUUUAUCUAUCCAGCAGGCCUGUUUAUCUAUACAGCAGGCCUGUUCAUCUAUCCAUCAGGCAUGUUAAUCUAUCCAUCAGGCCUGUUUAUCUAUCCAUCAGGCCUGUUCAUCUCUCCAUCAUGUUCAGUUAUCCAUCAGGCCUGUUUAACUAUCCAUCAGGCCUGUUCAUCUUUCCAUCAUGUUCAUCCAUCCAUCAGGCCUGGUUAUCUAUCCAUCAGGCCUGUUUAUCUAUCCAUCAGGCCUGUUUAUCUAUACAUCAUGCCUGUUCAUCUCUCCAUCAUGUUCAUUUAUCCAUCAGGCCUGUUUAACUAUCCAUCAGGCCUGUUCAUCUUUCCAUCAUGUUCAUCUAUCCAUCAGGCCUGUAAUCUAUCCAUCAGGCCUGUUCAUCUAAUCAUCAGGCCUGUUUAUCUAUCCAUCAGGCAUGUUUAUCUAUCCAUCAGGCCUGUUUAUCUAUCCAUCAGGCCUGUUCAUCUCUCCAUCAUGUUCAUUUAUCCAUCAGGCCUGUUUAACUAUCCAUCAGGCCUUUUCAUCUUUCCAUCAUGUUCAUCUAUCCAUCAGGCCUGUUUAUCUAUCUAUCAGGCCUGUUCAUCUUUCCAUCAUGGUCAUCUAUCCAUCAGGCCUGUUUAUCUAUCCAUCAGGCCUAUUCAUCUAUCCAUGUGGCCUGUUCAUCUAUCCAUCAGGCCUGUUAAUCUAUCCAUCAGGCCUGUUCAUCUAUCCAUCAGGCCUGUUCAUCUCUCCAGCAACAGCAGGCCUGUUCAUUUAACCAGUACACCUGUUUAUCUAUCCAGCUGGUCUGUUUUUCCAUCCAUCAUGCCUGUUCAUCUAUUCAGCAGUCCUGUUUAUCUAUCCAUCAGACCUGUUCAUCUAUCCAGCAACAACAGACCUGUUUAUCUAUCCAGCAGGCCUGUUUAUCUAUACAGCAGGCCUGUUCAUCUAUCCAUCAGGCAUGUUAAUCUAUCCAUCAGGCCUGUUUAUCUAUCCAUCAGGCCUGUUCAUCUCUCCAUCAUGUUCAGUUAUCCAUCAGGCCUGUUUAACUAUCCAUCAGGCCUGUUCAUCUUUCCAUCAUGUUCAUCUAUCCAUCAGGCCUGGUUAUCUAUCCAUCAGGCCUGUUUAUCUAUCCAUCAGGCCUGUUUAUCUAUACAUCAUGCCUGUUCAUUUCUCCAUCAUGUUCAUUUAUCCAUCAGGCCUGUUUAACUAUCCAUCAGGCCUGUUCAUCUUUCCAUCAUGUUCAUCUAUCCAUCAGGCCUGUAAUCUAUCCAUCAGGCCUGUUCAUCUAAUCAUCAGGCCUGUUUAUCUAUCCAUCAGGCAUGUUUAUCUAUCCAUCAGGCCUGUUUAUCUAUCCAUCAGGCCUGUUCAUCUCUCCAUCAUGUUCAUUUAUCCAUCAGGCCUGUAAAACUAUCCAUCAGGCCUUUUCAUCUUUCCAUCAUGUUCAUCUAUCCAUCAGGCCUGUUUAUCUAUCUAUCAGGCCUGUUCAUCUUUCCAUCAUGGUCAUCUAUCCAUCAGGCCUGUUUAUCUAUCCAUCAGGCCUAUUCAUCUAUCCAUAUGGCCUGUUCAUCUAUCCAUCAGGCCUGUUAAUCUUUCCAUAUGGCCUGUUCAUCUAUCCAUCAGGCCUGUUAAUCUAUCCAUCAGGCCUGUUCAUCUAUCCAUCAGGCCUGUUCAUCUCUCCAGCAACAGCAGGCCUGUUCAUU